UAGGGUGUGGUGUAACUCAUGCAUAAUAACUCUGAAUCUCAAUCUCAAUGGAAAGAAUGGUUUCCUCACUGUAUUAUAAAUGGAGAACAUCCAUUUUGCCUUUUAAUCUUGAAUCAGCUACUUAAUAAAGAGAAUGAACAUUUUCUAAAGAAAAACUGGAGAAAUGCUGCAAUCCGCAUUGCUGUUGAUGGGGGUGCUUGCCAGCUGAAAAGUAUAUCAGAUGAAGAAUUGAACUUGAUACCUGAUGUGAUAUGUGGAGAUUUUGAUUCAGUUACACCUGAUGUUCUUGAUUACUAUCAGAACAAGGGUGUUGAAAUAGUUCAUACACCUGAUCAAGAUGAGACUGAUUUUACUAAAGCUGUAAGACUAGCUGUUCAGUAUAUAGCUGAGAAAAAGUUGCAGGUAUCAGCAAUAGUUGCUGUAGCGAGAAAUGGAGAACGUCUAGAUCACAUAUUAGGAAAUCUGAAUACCUUAUACACUGCUAAUGAAAUUACUUCUAUACCUGUAUUUAUUUUAGGGCAUGGUUCUCUCACUUGGCUGUUUUGUCCAGGAUCACAUAAAGUACAUAUUACUGAUGAUGUAAAAGAUUCCCAUCUUGGAUUGAUACCUUUAGGAAAAGAAUGCACAAAUGUCUCAACCACGGGACUAAAGUGGAAUUUAAAUGGUGAUAGGAUGAAAUUUGGUGGUUUAAUCAGUACUUGUAAUCUUUUUGAUGGCAGCAGUACUGUUACUGUUACAACUGAUACAGAGCUUAUUUGGACCAUGGAAAUAAAACUAAAUACAUCAUAAUAGGCAUUUACAACUCGACACAUUCAUUGGGAAAGGCUAAUACCAUCAAUUAUUUAGCUAUCUUAUCACCGAGAAUGCUACCUAUGGUGCACUACAUCCAUGAGAAGUCGGGAAACUUCCUGCCUGUUUUGGUGGAGAACAACUCAGUAACGAAUCCGAGUGACACCCACCCCUCUUUUCCUACUACCAAACCUCUUGAGAGAACUUCCAGUUCACAGGUAUUUUAAAAGCCUCUUUGAGAAAUGAAAAUAUUAAAUCUAUUAAAUACAACCUUAAGAAUGCAAUAUACAUCUUAGGCCCACAUCACAUGGCGUUUGUUUCACACGAACAACUGUUUCGGACAAUUUUUCUGCCUGGUUUACUAUUGAAAGAAAGACGUGCAACUUCCCUUCCUUU